CACUCUGUAUCUUCAGGUCUCCUUUUGGGAUGCUUGCUCUCAGAUCUUUUAGGGAAAUGAAGGUCCAGGGAAGCUAUCUGUACCUCCUUUCUGCAGUUGUUUUCCUGUGCUCAGCACCCGGCCAAGGCCUCAGAAGAGUGCAUUUUGGGGAGUGCACGAUUGCCGUAAACAUGCAUGAAAUCAGAGACAAUUUCCAAGCCAUCAAAAGUGCCAUUCAAGCUAAGGAUGUCUUCCGGAAUAGCACUAUUUUAUCUAAAUCAGAGUCCUUGCACAACAUCAAGCCCUCAGAGAAGUGUUGCCUCGCCAAGCACCUCCUUCAGUUCUACGUGGAGAAAGUCUUCAAGCACUACGACGAGGGAGAGGACCCCACCAUCCGCCGCAGGGUCAGCAGAAUUGCCAAUUCCUUCUUCAGCAUCAAGGAGAGCCUCAAGCAGUGUAAAUCCUGUCACUGUAAAAACGAAACCACUCACAAAUACCAGCUGGUCCUCACCAACUAUGAACAGCUGGAGGUAAAACCUGCAGCCAUCAAAUGCCUUGGGGAGCUGGACAUCUUAUUGUCCUGGAUGGACAAGAAAAAUUAAAGCUGGAUCAGCCCACUGCCAGUUGAAAGCUUGACACCUGUAGGGUUACGCUGGAAAGAAAGCAGCCUAGCUGGGAUGUCUGUACAUAUUGGUUAUUUUGUGGGACAAUCGCCUCCUGACUUGGUUUCUCUCUUUUGAUUGUUUUACUUCGGGGGUUACUGGGCUGGGGUAGGGGUGGCCAAAUUACCCCAUUGAUGAGAUCAGGAGUAGUUUGUGUGAAAAUAUGGUUGUCUCUGUUUUUUGGCCAGAUGUCUCUGUGUAACAGGCUGGUUGAUAGGAAACUUAAUUUAUUGUUAAAGAUUUUGCCCCACGAUUCUAACAUCAGAUGGGCAAUACCACUGUAGUGCAUAUUGUACAGAGCCAUGACAUCUUAAUAAACUU